CGGUACACAGAUUAUUUCGGAUUCAGAACUUUUUUUAGACCUAAUUUUGUUGUAUUUAUUCUUGUCUUGAUUUCUUACUUCAAGCUUCAAUCAAGAACGUCUGAGUAUAUAGGAUUGAUACACUGUGCAUCAUUACUCCAAAAAGUCUACAGCAGUGCAGACAGACCUGUGCAUCAUGCAGGACCAAGUUGUUGAUGAAACCAUUGAUGGUACCCUGGAAGAUGAUGAGGAAUCAUUCUUCCAAGAUAUUGACAUGUUACAGAACCAUGGAAUCAACAUGGCAGACAUCAAGAAGUUGAAAUGUUCUGGAAUAUGCACAAUCAGGGGUAUAAUAAUGACCACGCGUAAGAGGAUGUGUGACAUCAAGGGCAUAUCAGAAGCUAAAAUGGAAAAGAUCAAAGAGGCAGCAUCAAAAUUGGAGGACCAUGGCUUCACAACUGCUCUAGAGUACAGCGUAAAGAGAAGAAAUGUCUUCAGAAUUACUACUGGUAGCACAGAGCUAGAUAAACUUCUUGGCGGUGGCAUUGAAAGUAUGGCUAUCACAGAGGCAUUCGGAGAGUUCCGUACAGGGAAGACCCAGCUGUCUCAUACACUGUGUGUAUGUACACAGCUUCCUGGAUCCAAUGGAUACCCAGGAGGAAAGGUCAUCUUCAUUGAUACCGAAAACACAUUUCGACCUGAUCGACUAAGAGACAUUGCUGAUCGGUUCAACCUCGACCAUGGUGCUAUGUUGGACAAUGUCUUAUAUGCAAGGGCUUAUACAAGUGAGCAUCAGUUUGAGCUGUUGGACUAUGCAGCAGGCAAGUUUCAUGAAGAACCUGGUGUGUUCAAACUACUGAUCAUUGAUUCCAUCAUGGCUCUGUUUAGAGUAGACUUUACUGGAAGAGGAGAGCUGGCUGAUAGACAACAAAAACUGGCUCAAAUGCUCUCAAAACUACAAAAGAUCUCUGAAGAAUACAAUGUAGCAGUGUUUGUUACGAAUCAGAUGACGUCUGAUCCAGGAGCUACAAUGAGUUUUGUAGCUGACCCUAAGAAGCCGAUAGGAGGUCAUAUCUUAGCCCAUGCAUCUACCACACGUAUCAGUCUAAGGAAGGGACGAGGGGAGACAAGGAUUGCUAAGAUAUAUGACAGUCCUGACAUGCCAGAGAGUGAAGCUACAUUUGCUAUUUCUACCGGAGGUAUCAUUGAUGCAAAGGAAUAGUCUCCCAAUGACAACUCUACAAAAAGCACUUCAGUGAUUCACGUGUUCAUAUAUGUUUCAUAUUUAUCCAGCGUAAAAGAUGAGGAUUUCCCAUGGUGAAGGAAAUCCUGUGAAUCAGUAACCAUCUUUAAUCUCUUCUUAUAUUUGUGAUUUUAUUUAAUCUUAUUGCAUUAUUUAACUUGUUCAAACUUUCUGAUUCUCUUAAUGGAUGGAUCAGUAAUUUGGAGCUAGAAGGCAUAUACUUUAACACACAGAUGGUGUCUUAAGAAAACAAAAUUAUCACACAUGAAGUACCUUUUACAUUCUUUAGUGAAUUUUACCAUGUUCUGGUGGAAAAAAUAUAUACACUGCACUGUAAUCAUUCGUGUCAUGCUAUUUCACAUUCAUGUAGCCCAUUGGCACUUGCCUGAUAUAGCAUACUGUGGUGUAAAUAUAUAUUAUGUAUUUCUUGAUGUUAUCCAGAAUUGUAUUGAUCUUAUGAAGUUUAGAGUAUGUUGAUUCAAAGGCUUCAUGUAAACACUUGUGAUUGCAUCCACCUGUGUGUACCCUAAUAUGAUUAGUAUAGUAUUCAUGAAAUGCAAUUAAGUUGCUUGCCGUAUUAUUUUAAGUGACAUUAGUUGUAAAUGUUUUCUUUAUCAAAUUAUUGUGAGCCAGUUUUUUUGUUAAGUCUUUCAUCAAGUAUUUUAUGAUUUUUUUUUUAAUACUGAUUUUGAUAAUGUACAUAUAAGUGAAACUUAUUUAUUUUCAUGAAUGUUAUUAGAGAUAGAUAGAUUGCUGCCUGAAAUUCUAUUUGUUUGGAUUUACAAUCUUCUUAAAGUGAAAUUCCGACUCUGUGUACAUGUAGUUCACCUUUGUAAUAAUAUAAUAGAUAUUCAUGGGUUUUGAAUUGACAGAAAAACAAUGGUCAUUUUAUUAUGAUUCUAUAUUUUCAUCUGAAGGUAAUCCUAGAAAUAGAAUUAACAUCAUUUUCAUUAUUAGGCAGAUUGAUGUAGGAUAUGUAAAAAAUGAAGUAAACUUGAUUAUUUAUACACAUGUAUCACUAAUUUGCAUUGCAGGAUAUAACGUUUUUUUAAAUGUGUAUUAAUGUAAUGUAUUCAGAUUUUUUACAGAGAUAUUAAUAUAAACAAAUAUAUUAUACUUGUGUUAUUACAUUUGUUCCUAUUAAAGAAUUAUUGUUACCUAUCUUUUUUUCAAACAA